CCCGCGGGCCGGAACAGCCGCGGCAAGUGGCGGCGGCGGCAGCGGCAGCAGAGGCAGCUGAGGCGGCGGCGGCGAGCGGGGGUCCGGGCGGCGGCGGCGGGCCCGGCGACGGGCCAAGGAGCCGGGCGCAAUGGAGCGGAAGAGGUGGGAGUGCCCGGCGCUCCCGCAGGGCUGGGAGAGGGAAGAAGUGCCCAGAAGGUCGGGGCUGUCGGCCGGCCACAGGGAUGUCUUUUACUAUAGCCCGAGCGGGAAGAAGUUCCGCAGCAAGCCGCAGCUGGCCCGCUACCUGGGCGGCUCCAUGGACCUGAGCACCUUCGACUUCCGCACGGGCAAGAUGCUGAUGAGCAAGAUGAACAAGAGUCGCCAGCGCGUGCGCUACGACUCCUCCAACCAGGUCAAGGGCAAGCCCGACCUGAACACGGCGCUACCCGUGCGCCAGACGGCGUCCAUCUUCAAGCAGCCAGUGACCAAGAUUACCAACCACCCCAGCAACAAGGUCAAGAGCGACCCACAGAAGGCGGUGGACCAGCCGCGCCAGCUCUUCUGGGAGAAGAAGCUGAGCGGCCUGAAUGCCUUCGACAUUGCUGAGGAGCUGGUCAAGACCAUGGACCUCCCCAAAGGCCUGCAGGGGGUGGGACCUGGCUGCACGGAUGAGACGCUGCUGUCAGCCAUCGCCAGCGCCCUGCACACGAGCACCAUGCCCAUCACGGGACAGCUUUCGGCCGCUGUGGAGAAGAACCCUGGCGUGUGGCUCAACACCACGCAGCCCCUGUGCAAAGCCUUCAUGGUGACCGACGAGGACAUCAGGAAGCAGGAGGAGCUGGUGCAGCAGGUGCGGAAGCGGCUGGAGGAGGCGCUGAUGGCCGACAUGCUGGCGCACGUGGAGGAGCUGGCCCGUGACGGCGAGGCGCCGCUGGACAAGGCCUGCACCGAGGACGAUGAGGAGGAAGACGAGGAGGAUGAGGAGGAGGAGCCCGACCCGGACCCAGAGAUGGAGCACGUCUAGGGCAGGUGCUGCGGGGCCAUGGGGGCUCUCUGGAGUCGGGUCCUGGCAGUGGGGACUGCCUGGUGAACACAGAUGUGGUCAGGAUGGCGGGUGCCAUCUCCCCAGAAGAGCCCAGGCAUCCCCGUCCCGUGGAGUCGCUAAACCCAGCCCUCCCUGUCCUUUCCAGAGGCCCUGCCGAGAGCCCGUGCUGCCCGCUGGAGCCGCCUGCAGACGCGGCCCUCGGCCCCACGUGAACCAGGCUCGGCAGCUGAGCCCAGCCCUGGAGACACCCGGGAGGAAGCCCGUGCUCCUGGCUCCCUCCUCAGCCUGUCCCCACUUCCCGGGGCCUCGGGGCACACAGCUGGGGCUGCCCCCACCCGAAAGACCCUCCACGCUUGUCCUCUAAAGGGUCCAGCUUCGGCAAGUGCCGGGUGCUCCUGGGCCCCACCUGGCUCCCUAUGACCUCGGGGCUUGAGGCCAGCUCCCCCCACAGCCGCUGCCCCAUCUCCUUGAGACUGGAGAGCAGCCAGUAGGUGCCCGGCAGCUCGGCACCAAGGAGCGCUGACAGCUGGGAGGGUCUCGGUCUGAAGGCGUAUUUUUGAAACCCACAGCACCCACUGUGCAGCGUGAGGACGGGACUCUGGUCCGCUGUCGCGGGCUUGCAGGAUGGCGCCACCCUCUGCCCUGCCAUGUGACUGGUGGUGCCACAGACCCUCACCGUGCCUGAGUGGCACACCCAGGAGGCCACUCUCCUUCGGUAAAUCUAACACCGUCGAGGCGCAUCACCGGGUGGCCUUCCCUGUGUGCUGACGCCAGCCUUCGCUUCCGAAAACCAAACCCCAGCUGCUGCCAGUCGGUGCUCGGUUGCCUGGCGCUGCCAGAAUGCUCCACUGCCAGCCGGCGCCCCUCCCUCGGUUUCCCUUCUGUUUAGUGGGGACACAGGCACCCAGCUUUGGGGUGGUGCUGACGCUCCCAGGGGUGCCAGGAGCCACUGGGACAGGGCGAGGCUCGCAGACAUCGCUUGAGGUGCCUGGCUGUGCGGGGAGCUUCUGGCCCAAGGCCGUCUGAAGGAUCUGCUCCGUAACCCCCCAGUGCCUUGGCGAGGGCAGUUCCAGGCCACAGACGCUUGCCCUGAGUGGACUCUGUGCCAGUCCCUGGUGCCCUCCUGGCCCUGCUGCCCAGUGAGGGCUCCUACUGGUGGGUUCAUUGGCCUGGGCCCAGCGAGCCUCCGCCUGCAUUGACCUUAGGCCCAUAGAGAGGGCCUGUCCCGGCGCUGUCCCAGCCAGGAUCUGGUCACUGCCCCCGGGGGACUCAUGGGGCCUGACUGCGGGGGCUGUGGGAGCUGAGGAAGUGCCGCUCAGGAGCCGGGAUCACUGCUCCAUCAGUCUGCCCUCCAAGGACACCCAUGGGCGCGGUGGGCUGGCGGCUUCCUGCUGCUCCCUGUCAGUCAAAGCACAAAUCCUCGGGACGGGCUCAAGGGCCAGGGCAGCCGAGGGAAGCUCCAGGUGGGGACCAUGGCUUCCUGGGGUUGGUGCCCUCUGGCUGGGGCCCUUUGCCGGCCCAGGAUCCCCGGGUGCUGCCGUGGGGUGGCCUCCCCUCUGCCUGGUGGAGGGAGUUGUGGGCGUGGGGAUGUGACUGAAUAAAGCCACCGUGGGUGGAUGUGCUUGGA